AUGAUUUCGCCAGCACCGACCGCGCCCCUCACACACCUUCUGACCAGGCUGGCUGUCACAUUCUUCAGUACAACGCCUGCGGCUCCCUACAAGCAGCCUAGCGUUCCCGGCUCCGACAUCCCGAUCCCUUCCCCGACGGCCAAAAUGCCCGAGAUCCCGGACUACCCGUACGGCCCGCGGCAAGUCUACAAGCAGUCGAACACGGGCCUCUACGGCUCCCAGCGUAUCCGCUUCGGCAACAACGUCUCAGAGAAGUUUGAGAUCAAGACGCGGCGCGCGUGGCGGCCCAACGUACAGCACAAGCGGUUGUGGUCCGAUUCCCUGGGUGUAUUUGUGCGCACGCGCGUAACGACGCGGGUGUUGCGCACCAUCGACAAGGUUGGUGGUCUCGACAACUACUUGUUGGGCCACAAGGCGCAGCGCAUCAAGGACCUUGGCCCCUGGGGAUGGCGCCUGCGCUGGCGCAUCAUGCAAACGCCUGCGAUCCGCGAGCGGUUGGCCAAGGAGCGUGCGGCACUGGGGCUGCCACCAAAGGAGGACGUCGGGGAGUGGAUUAAGGUUGAGGGUAGUCAGGUCGCUCGGGAUGCUCUCAUUGCCGAGGUCGAUAAAAAGCUACAGGAGGAUGGUGUGUUUGAGCUCUCUAACGAGGCUUCGGCAGGCCCGAGCGAACAAGACAUCUUUAUGAAGGAGCAGAAACCUCGGACACAGUAA